AUGCCCCGCAACGGAGACGGAUCCUCAGACAACGGACCCAUUGAGGGCCAGAACAUUGUCCACGGCAACUCUGGAGACGCCACCAUGGACCACACUAAGAAGGUAGCUCCCAUGCCUGAAGUCGAAAAGGGCGAUGGCAUCGAAGGCAUGAGCGCUUCGGGCGGAGGCGAGAUGCCCAAGAAGGGCAUCACAGGCCAGGGCAAAGCGGCUACAGACUCGAACAAGCCCCCGCCAGUCGACCAGGUCACCAAGUAA